UCUUCAUGGCCUAGCGCUUAAUUAAUUAAGGACAGAGACAACUUUACCUGUUACCUUUACAGACUGAUCAUAAAAAAUGUUCGAAAUUGAAUGAAAUGCCUUUUCAUUCUCAGAUUUUAGGAUAAAAUUAAACAACUAUUUUUAUUUUUUCAUAUCUGAGGUAAAUUGAAAUUCAUGAGGUUCUUUCAGACACACACAUUCAUUACAAUUUUUUUAGAAAAUGAGAGAAAGACAUCCAAUCCCUACCACUUUUAAUAAUUACCUCCGUAAAUCGAAGUCUCCCCUGAGAGCUUAGAUGCUGAACUACCCAGGAACUGAGCCGGACGAAUCCAGUCCAUAAGACUAAUUUAAUUUCAAUUAAAGAUGUAUAAUUUAAACUCCAGCAUCCACAUUUCUUGAAGACCCACAUCCACGUCAGCGCUUAGGUUUCAAAAAUGGUUCUUUUCAAACUUUCCGACUAAAGUUUUCUGCUUAAAAAUUUAUUUAUAAUUUGUCAUACGUACUACGUGCCCCACCCAUCCAUUUCGCCUACAGUUUUAUCGCCCUAAUAAUAUUAUUAACAAUAAAGACGAUGAAAUGAAAGCUAAUAAUAUUUCUAGAUAUCCGAAUUUUAGCACUGGUUACUCCUAAUUAUGUAAUGAAUAACAGAUCUCUAUGCAGGCUGGAAUUGAACCGGACAACUUUCUUGAGAGAGAGGGAUAACCCCGUUUUAUCACAGUCAGGAAAGCUGAGCAAUAACCACACGUAUGAGUUCAAGUCCACAAAAUACUAAAAAUACCUCACGCUAAAGGCAUUGUACAGGGAACUGGCUUUGAUCGCCAGAGGGCUCCACUCCCAGGGUUCCGGUACCGAACAGUUUUAGCUCUUCUUUAAAAUAAUGCAGCUUUUUGGCUGUACUGCUGUCUCGGUUUGAAAGAUUGACAUUAUAUCAGAAAGUUGUGAAGUGAGAUGGACUCAUGGGGAGCUCUGUCUGUGGAGUUCGCUGCCUCAGCCGUGUCUGCAAGAGAUGAUGGGAGUACGAAACGUCCGAAAACGACAAUUGAGAAGCUGCCAGACAAAGUGCUGCUUAACAUCUUCUCAUAUUUGUCUCAUCGUGAGAUCUGCCGCAUGGCACGUGUCUGCAAGAAAUGGAGGAUGAUUGCAUACGAUACACGUCUCUGGAGAGAUGUUUCUCUACGUCCUGAGAUCUCAGGAUUACAUGUUGGAUCACUUGAGUCUCUGCUUGGGCUCAUCAGUAUUAGGUUUGGUCCUUCUCUGCGCUACAUUGAACUGCCAAUUGAGCUCAUCACACACACUGUACUACAUGAGCUUGCCAACAAAUGUCCAAAUCUGACACACAUGUUACUGGAUUUCUCCACAGCCAUGCAGUUGCAUGACUUCAGUGAGAUGCAGGCAUUUCCAACAAAGCUACGGUACAUGUGUAUUUGCCUGUCAGAGGUCAUCUUCAUGGAGGGCUUCAUGAGAAAAAUUUACAAUUUCAUCAAUGGACUUGAAAUUCUACAUUUAAUAGGUACAUAUGAGAAGGUAGAAGAGGAGGAAGAAGAAAUUUAUGAGGUCAUCAACGUGCACAAACUAAAGUCUGCAACUCCUAACCUGAGAGUCAUCAACCUAUUUGGCAUAAACUUUGUAGACGAUAGCCACAUUGAAGCCUUCAGUUCCAACUGUAUUCAGCUGGAAUGUCUGGCAGUGAACUUCUGUGCUAAAGUCAAUGGAUCAAGUUUAAAGUCAUUGCUUCAGAGGAGUAGACGACUAAGGUGCCUUUUGAUGAAUCAGACAAAUCUUAUCAGUGAGCAUGUGAUGCAGGUGGAAUGGGAGAAGACAUCACUGCAAGAGCUGGACAUUACUGCAACAGACCUAAGCACAGAAUGUCUUAUUGACAUGCUGACACGUAUCCCCAACUUGCGAUUCUUAUCAGCAGGCCAACUUAAUGGUUUCAAUGACUCAGUGCUUAAAGCCUUCAUGGAACUAGGAAAUCCCAAGAACCUGAUAGCACUGGAUGUUGACAGUUCAGACAAUCUGACUGAUGAUGCCCUGCAUAAGUUUCUGUCUCGCUAUGGUCAUCAGCUGUGGGGAAUUGCUUUGUCUGGUAUGCCACACAUCACAGACCAGCUGUGGCAGUCAGUUCUACCUGUUUUCAACAAUGCUAAGAUUUUGGUCAUGGGUACACAGGAGCGCCUUGGUGUGAAUAUCCAUGUAGAUCAGCUGAUGGAUGGGAUUGCCAACAAUUGCCCAAAUCUGCAGCGCUUGGAGCUUCGCUGGGAUCCUGAAAAUCUCCGCUUUUCUGAUAAAAGCCAAAAAGCCAUUGAUAUCCUGAGAGUCAAGUGUCUAAAGCUGAGAUGCCUUGUUCUAAGUGAUGGGCGGUACUAUGAGACAACUAAAGCCAACUUUGAAAGAGCUGAUCGUACAACUGUGGUCAGAACUACAACAAACUGUCGUGUGUCUAACUACUAUCUCCUCUCAAACUACAGGGAUCUGAUAUUCAACUAAGAAUUUUAACUCUACUAAAAAUAUGUAAUUGUUAUUCAGUAGAACAGAGUGGCCUAUACCAAAUUUUUAGUACUUCUACAUCUGUACUGAAGAGAAAACUGCUGGAUAAUGGAAUUCUUUCUGGAUUACAAUCAUGUGCUGGUUUAAAAAUGGCAAUAACAUGAAAAACAAAAGCUA